AUGCAGAGGACUUUCCACCUCCCUCGGGCAGUGAUGUUGAGAGGUACUCACACAAAGCAGGAAGAAGACGGGUUUGAUCAGGAGACCCAGGUAGAAUUCCAAGGAGUGAAGAGGGCUCCCCCAUUAUUGGACAUUUGCAGGGAGGGCCCUAAUUGGUUGUUUGGGGAACGCUGGCAUUCCCAGAGCACAUCAUUCUCCACCCCAGCCCUUGUACAGGGGUCCAUAAAGACAGAACGCCGAGUAGGUGAGGUAGACACGGCUAGAGACGCGGCUAGAGAGACUGCGGAGACGGGACUAAACGGAGAGACGAGAACAACCGCUUGUCCUGUCCUCGUUUAUAAUCUUAUUGCUAUAUACCCAUAUCUAUCUAUCUAUCUAUCUAUCUAUCUAUCUAUCUAUCUAUGUAGCUACAUCGGUUUACCGGCACUCUCUCACCGGAGCUACACCGGUCUGCCGGUCCUCUCUCGUCAGAGCUACACCGGUUUACCGGCACUCUCUCAUCAGAGCUACACCAGUUUACCGGCACUCUCUCUUCGUAAAAUAACAUUUUUGCUACACUCUAUCUUUCUCCUUUUCUUCCUUUUUUUUCUUUUUUGUCUGUUAUACUCAUAA